GUUGCUCCAUACUUGUGUUGUUGGUAUAAUUCGACAGACAUGCAACGAGCAUUCUCCAUACUACCACGUCUUCAACCAAUAUUAACGCCUGCUCGCUCGGCGUCUUGGACGUCAAUGCGAUGGGCAUCGUCGACUGCUGCACCCAACACCUUGGCUUCAGUCAACACUUUGCCUCUGUCGUUCGCUACCCCAGCGGUACAACCUAUCAAAACAUCUUCCCUAACACAGUACAUGGCGACCCUGAAACCAUUCCAGGCUCCUGCUGCACCACAACCUACUAUGCAUGCCACCAGUGUGCUUCGAAAGCGCAAACUGAAGAUGAACAAGCACAAGCACAAGAAGUUGAUGAAGAGAACUAGAGCACUACGCAAGAGAAUUGGCAAAUAGACGUCGCACUACGUGUUGAAAUUAGAUUCAACGCCUUGUAAAGAAUUAACAGUACAUGGAUUAAACCCUCAUUCCAUAAUUAUCACUCAAUGCUCCAAUAGCAAACCCUACUGAUACAUGUUUAUUGUUUUAAUUUUUUCUACUACACGGCGGGCCGGUAUAUGUUGUUCUUUGGUACGAAUCAUUUAUCAAUAUAUACAGUGAAGAUAUUAUUUCUUAUCAUCCACAACGGAGGUGACGCCGGCAACAGUAUUGGGAAGGGGUACGUCGCUAAAGUCGUCUUGCUUAACAGCCAUAAUCGAGUAUGAAUCUAUAUGGAAUUAGGUU